AAACCCUCAAUAACAAUUCUUCCAGGUUAUGACAUCAUCAAAGCAUAUUGCAAAAAAUUGGUUCUCACUUUAUUUCACUAUAUCUUUCAGGGCGAAUGUAAAACACAAAAGUGGACUAAAUUAUAAACUGAGAGCACUACUUUACUAGCAUGAAUCACAAAUGACAAGCACACCAAAACCAGUCGUACCAUUACUGAUGACCCAGUAGAGGGCAGCAACAGCCUGCUACAAGCAAACCAGCAACAAGCUAGGCAGCUGGCUAUUACUCAGUUACUCCAUGGUUAACCACGAACCACUUUUAUCUUACAAAAAAUUUGGCAUCUACCACCACUUCACAGCAUCGGUCACGGACAUACUUGCUAAAACUCACAACAUUAAGCAACAUGGCGAGGUUAAAUUUGCUUAUUGAUUGAAAUUUCCGAAACAAAUAACUAAAUAGAGG